AUCCUCUCAUCCGGGACAUAGCCGAAUGACGUCAAGGCGCCGAAAUAAACAAGCGUGACAACAGACCGGAAUAAUUAAUGCAGUAUUAUUUUCAGAAAUAAUAGCACAUUGAUGCGUUUUGUUAUUCAGCGGAGCUGUUUAUAACAGUAGUGGAAAAACUGUUUGCAGUGAGAUGCAGGCGGCAGAGGACGCACAGGGCUCUCUAGCGGAGCGAGUGGAGUCUCUUGGAGUGAGUGAACAGGAGAAACCCGCGGGAAAACAGGAAGAAAAAGAGGAAGAAAAACGAGAGGAGAUUAAUGAAGCACCAAAAGAUACUACAACUGAGGAUGACGCAAAUGUAGAAGGAGACAAAGGAUGCAUGGAUGCAGAGGAGCAGAGAGAUGGAGAGAUGAAUGGAGGCUGUGAAGGAGAGCGGCAGCAGACUGAAGAUGACUGGGAGAUCCCAUACAGCGAUGAGGAGAUGGAGGACACGAAAGACUGGAUGCCUGCUCCCGAGGAGAUCAAGCGGCUGUAUGAGAUCCUGGCCAAAGGAGAGAUGCUGGAGCUGAAGUGGGAGCCGCUCCCACGCCGACCUCCGACCCCUCCUCGGACCCCCUCACCUGAGAGAGACGGAGAAGACUCGCAGGAGGCCAAAGAUGACGAGAACCAGCACAAGGCCCUCACACCAACUGAAUUUGAUUUCGAUGAGGAACAGACAUUGUCAACUCCUAAAAACUCUUUUCUCAGUCGCCGGAGAACACCAGGUUCCUCUGCUCGUUCUUCGGUCAAGCGCGAGGCUCGGCUGGACAAAGUGCUGUCAGACAUGAAGCGUCACAGAAAAAUCGAGGAGCAGAUUCUAAGGACAGGUCGCGAUCUUUUUAAAAGCGAUAAAGCGCGAGCGGGGCCUGUCGUGGAAAAGCCUUUAUCGCCCAACAGUCAGCGAGAGCGGGAAAAAGAGCGAGAGCGAGACAGCGACCCCAGCACUGUCUUCAGUCCCAGACAGAGGAGAUACUGAGGGGAACAACAGACUGCUCGACUGAAUGCCUGGUUCUUUAGGGUUUAUAUCCUAAAUCGUUUUGCAUUAAUGCUACAAAUGAGAUGCUAUUAUUUUACUGAUGUCUUUUUUAUUCUGUUUUCUAUGUGAAUAAAUAAAUGAAUGCUUAGC